AUGGAACGAUUGAAUCAUCCGAACAUUAUUCAACUAUACGAAGUACAUGAAGUUCCGCAGCGGUGGCAUUUGAUCAUGGAAUAUGCUCCUGCUGGUGAAUUGCAUUCAUUUCUCAAGCGAAAUGGGAGGUUGGAGGAUAAACUAGCCCGCACCAUUUCGGCUCAAAUUGUAUCCGCUAUUAAGCAUAUGCAUAAUAACAGCGUGGUUCAUCGGGAUCUGAAAGCUGAAAACGUUCUGUUCAUAACUUCCACGUACGUGAAAGUUGGAGAUUUCGGGUUUUCCAAAUUUGUCAGUCCCACAGAUGCACUGACAACAUUCUGCGGAUCCCCACCGUACGCCGCUCCUGAAUUGUUCGUGGCAGAUUCUUAUGUAGGUCCGGCUGUUGAUUUGUGGGCGCUAGGUGUGCUGAUUUACUACAUGUCAGUCGGUAACUUACCUUUUCGUGGAGAUUCCAUAGCGAAAAUCAAACGCCUAAUUCUCGAUGGUCGAGUGGAAUAUCCAACAUUUAUUUCCACUCAUUGCAAAGAUCUCAUAAAAGGUUUGUUGACUCACUCGGUGGACGCACGUUUCUCCAUCACCCAGACCCAACGAUCACCGUGGUUUGCUGGAACAGACUGGUCUGAGCAGACGAGAGAUUCCAAGCCAAUGCCCGAUCAAGUUGAUGAUCAGACCGCUCGAGAAAUCCUCGAUCGAUGGUGGAAGGUGCAAAAUUGGGAAUUGGAUCGAGCAUUGCUAGACGGGCCGAAAAAUAGUUUGACUGGAAUCUAUCGAAUUCUUCGUUCUCAGGGUCGAAAAUACACGGACUAUCAGAUUCCUUCAAUUCAACGGAAAACAAAGACAAAAAAACCACGUGAGCGUAAGAAGGAAUAUCAUGCACCAAAGGCCAUUAUGUCCACGGCAACUUUGGAUGAGAACAGCCGAAAUAGAUCGAAAAAGGUCUCACUAAAACGUACAGAGGAAGUGACCACCGUAGACUUACGAGAUAAGAAUUCAGUCAGAGGAAAAAUUGACAAGGAAGGUGAGACGACGUCCCGAACUUGUAAUCUGUUGUAG